AAUGAAUCACAGUCUCUACACAGUGCAUCCAACUUACACUCCUAUCAACCUUAGACUUGCAGAAGAGUAUUUCAAUACACUUCCUUCUGGAGAUAUCAGCAGACAAUUCUAUGAUGGUGUUCAAUAUCGAGCUGUAAAAGGAUUAUUUGCUUCUUAUGCCCUUAAUAGAUUUUCAUAGUAUGGAAAGUUGAACUCACUUUACAAAUUCUAUCCAUAUUAAAAGAUAGUCAAAGAAACAAACGAAGAAUUAUGUGAAGAUUGGACUUCAAAUAUUUGUAAUAUCGAAUUAAAUAUUAUUUUAGAACUUGCAGCAAUUGUGACUGGUGCAUCAUGGACUUUCCUUUAUUAAUAUGCUAAAAGAGGAUAAGUCUUGAGUAUUUUAAGAGAAUAUGGAUCAGUUUUAAAGACUCAUAGAUUAUUUAGAUAAUAUCUCUAUACUCUUGUGCUUCCCUUCGCAAUUGCAAACGAGUAUACAUUUAUUCAUUAUCAUGAUCAUAUUGAAUAAUUAUGGUAAGUGCAUGCAAAUAGGUAAUAAUACAUAUAAUAGAUCUUAGAUUAAAUAAGAAAGACUUGUCAGAUCCAGCUGGCACCUAAUAUCCAGAAGAAUUAAGAGCACCAAGAAGAGAUGUGUUUAUCAAUAAAUGGCAUUGAU